AUGGCAUUGAAUCUGAGCAAUUCCAUUGUUGUAUCAUCACCCAUUUUUACUCUAAACCAAUACCGUCGGUUCAAUUCACAUGUUCUUGUCAGGAGUGUACAUAGUGAUUCUGUAACAGCAUCACAGGAAUCAGUCAGCAUCGGUGGAGCUUCUUCUGUUACCACUAGUGAGCUAACUUCUUAUGAUGACGGUGGUGAAAAGAGUGGGCAAAAUGUUCCUCAAGAGUUGGGAAAUUUAUGGGAUGAUGGUUAUGGGACUCAAACCAUCAAGGACUGCUACGAAAUAGGAAAGGAUUUGAUCAAAAGCGACGGAGGGCCACCAAGGUGGUUUUGCCCUGUCGCAUGUGGCAAACCUAUAAAAGAUUCACCACUUCUUUUGUAUUUACCUGGAGUCGAUGGGCUUGGAUCGGGUCUUUCUGUGCAUACGAAAGCUCUUGGAAAGGUUUUUCAUGUUCAAUGCUUGCAUAUUCCUGUCUCGGAUCGAUCAACUUUGGAAGGUUUGAUGCAAAUCGUGGAAGAAACUGUGUUGACUGAGCACACUUUGCAUCCAAAUAAGCCAAUUUAUCUGCUUGGAGAUUCUUUUGGAGGAGCGUUGGCACUUGCAGUCGCUACUCGUAUCCCUGCAGUUGACUUGAUACUCAUACUAGCAAAUCCAGGAACUGCCUAUGAAAAGUCAAUGCUGCACCCUUUAUUGUUGCCUCUUGUGGGUGCUCUGCCCGAGGAAUAUCAUUGGAUGUUUCCUUACAUUGUUGGCCCUUUAGUUGGUGAUUAUGUGAAGAGCGCAAUGGUUAAAAAUAAUGAUGGGAAUUAUUUGCACUCCCUUUGGAGAUUGCCCGACAAUAUCAAAAAUGAAGUGCCUCAUCUUUCUGUGAUUGCCGAAAUAUUACCCAAAGACACUUUUCAAUGGAGGUUGAAGCUAACUAAAGCAGCAGCUGCUUAUGCUAAUUCUCGUCUUCAUGUUAUUACAGCUCAAGUACUUGUGCUUGCUAGUGGCAAAGAUCAGCUGAUGCCAAGUAAAGACGAAGCCCACAGGCUUUCAAGAUCGUUAAAAAACUGCACCGUACGUGUGUUUAAGGAAAACGGGCACACCAUCCUAUUGGAGAGUGGCGUUGACGUGUUGGCUGUUAUCAAAGCUACCCGGAUGUACCGCCGCUUUUCAAAGCAUGAUAUCUUGAAGGACUUUUUGCCAAGUAGUAUCCAAGAGGUCAAUCACUCAGCGGUAGACACUUGGUGGUACCGCCUUUCAAUGGGUGCUGCAAUGUUCUCGACUAUGGAGGAUGGAAAGAUCGUGAGAGGUCUUGCAGGGAUUCCGGAUGAAGGCCCUGUGUUAAUCGUUGGCAAUCACAUGCUACUGUCAUUUGAGGCUUUUCCUAUUGUCAUGGAGUUUUUGAGGGAAAAGAAAAUCGUGCUUCAUGCUUUAACCCACCCAGAAAUUUUUAAUAUUAAUGCAGAACAUGAAUAUGUUAUGAUUCCCAUUACCGAUAUAAUGAAGUUGGGAGGCUCAGUUCCGGUUUCUGCAAGAAACCUCUUUAGAUUGUUACACAGAAAGUCACAUAUGUUACUUUACCCUGGUGGCAUACGGGAAGCUCUCCAUCUUAAGGGUGAAAAGGGCAAGUUGUUUUGGCCCGAUAAACAAGAAUUUGUAAGAAUGGCAGUGAAGAGCGGAGCCACCAUUAUACCAUAUGGAGGAGUCGGAGAAGAUGACUUGUUUGAACUAAUCUUUGAUUAUAAUGAUAUCAAAAGAAACCCUCUCCCAAAUCUGUUAUGGAGUGCAUAUAAUCAAGGGAGGAAAAACUUGAGGAAAGGGAUGAAAGGAGAAAUCGGAAAGCAACAAUUUCAUAUGCCCGUCUUUUUGCCCAAGAUGCCAGGGCGAGUAUACUAUCUGUUUGGGAAGCCGAUACGAACAAAAGGAAAGGAAUAUAUGUCGAACGACGAAGAUUACUUGCAAGAGUUAUACAUGAAGAUACGAAGUGAUGUCGAAAAUAAUAUGGAUUAUUUGUUAAAGAAGCGAGAGGAGGAUCCUUAUAGAAAUGUUGUUGACAGACUAGUUUGGAAACUAAGUUAUGGGACAUACGAUGUUCCAUCAUUUGAGCCAUGAA